UCUUCCUCUGCCUCCUCCUGCUCCUCCAUCAUUCGUGGGCCGAAGCUCGACCUUCCCCGAAGCGUCCAGCACGAGAUCGGAAAAGGUCACAGGCAGUAGUAGUAAUAAGUCCGAGAUUUAAACAGCUCAUUGAGCUCCGUACCUGCGCCAUCACUUUUCCCAUCCCUCUCUGCUGCGGUACUGAAAUUGCUUUGACUUGGAAUUGAUCGAUUGGAAUUGCAUUACAUCGAACGCCCAUUGUUGUGCAGUCCAGAUUUCUGAGAGCAGCGGGCACGCGCGCGCAGCCAUGUCCGAAGGAAGCGAGCAGCCGCCCAACGGCAUCCCCGAGUCGCGCUCGGCGGAGACGUACCAUGUUCCCGAGGCGUUUAUGAACAAGCACCCCAAGCAGCCCCACCUUGGCUCGCUGGACGAGUACAAGCAGAUGUACCAGGAGUCCAUUACACGGCCCGACGCCUUCUGGGGCAAGCUGGCGCGCGAGCUGCUGACGUGGGAGCGGGACUUCCAGACGGUGCGCUCGGGCAGCCUGGCGGAGGGCGACAGUGCGUGGUUCCUCGAGGGCAAGCUCAAUGCCUCGUACAACUGCGUCGACCGGCACGCACACAAGAACCCGGACAAGCCGGCCAUCAUCUACGAGGCCGACGAGAAGGGCGAGGGCCGCACCAUCAGCUAUGGCGAGCUGCUGCGCGAGGUGUCUCGGCUGGCGUGGGUGCUGAAGCAGAUGGGCGUGCGCAAGGGCGACACCGUCGCCCUCUACAUGCCCAUGAUCCCAGAGGCGCUGGUCGCCUUUCUGGCCUGCUCGCGUAUCGGCGCCGUGCACUCGGUCGUGUUUGCGGGCUUCAGCGCCGACUCGCUGCGCGACCGCAUCGUCGACGCCCGCUCCAAGGUCGUCAUCACCACCGACGAGGGCAAGCGCGGCGGCAAGCUGAUCGGCACCAAGAAGAUUGUCGACGAGGCCCUCAAGCAGUGUCCCGACGUCGCCCACUGCCUGGUCUUCCAGCGCACCGGCGCCGAAGUGCCGUGGACCGCCGGCCGGGACCUGUGGUGGCACGAGGAGAUGGCCAAGUGGCCCGCCUAUUACCCGCCCGAGCCGAUGAGCUCCGAGGACCCGCUGUUCCUGCUGUACACAUCCGGCUCGACCGGCAAGCCGAAGGGUGUCAUGCACACCACCGCCGGCUACUUGCUGGGCGCCGCGGCUACCGGCAAAUACGUCUUCGACAUUCACGACUCCGACCGCUUCUUCUGCGGCGGCGACGUCGGCUGGAUCACCGGUCACACCUACGUCGUCUAUGCCCCGCUGGUGCUGGGCGUCGCCACCGUCGUCUUCGAGGGCACGCCCGCCUACCCCGACUUCAGCCGCUACUGGGACGUCUGCGAGAAGCAUGAGGUCACGCAGUUCUACGUGGCGCCGACCGCCCUGCGACUCCUGAAGCGCGCUGGCGACGAGCAUGUCAAGCACCAGAUGAAGUCGCUGCGUGUGCUGGGCUCCGUCGGCGAGCCCAUUGCCGCCGAGGUGUGGAAAUGGUAUCACGAGAAGGUGGGCAAGAAGGAGGCCCAUAUUGUCGACACUUACUGGCAGACCGAGACGGGAUCGCACGUCAUCACGCCGCUGGGCGGCGUCACCCCGACGAAGCCUGGUUCUGCCUCGCUCCCCUUCUUCGGCAUCGAAGCCGCCUUGAUCGACCCCGUGUCGGGCCAGGAGAUCCAAGGAAACGACGUCGAGGGUGUGCUGGCGUUCAAGCAGGCCUGGCCAUCCAUGGCACGAACCGUGUGGGGCGCCCACAAGCGAUAUAUGGACACCUAUCUCAACGUGUAUAAGGGCUAUUACUUCACGGGCGACGGUGCUGCACGCGACCACGAAGGCUAUUACUGGAUUCGUGGCCGCGUCGACGAUGUCGUCAAUGUCUCGGGCCAUCGUCUGUCGACUGCGGAAAUCGAAGCCGCCCUGAUCGAGCACCAGGCCGUGGGCGAGGCUGCGGUCGUUGGAAUCAACGACGAACUCACCGGCCAAGCCGUCAAUGCCUUUGUAUCCAUCAAGGAUGGCCACGACGCCAACGACCAGCUGAAAAAGGACUUGAUCCUGCAAGUGCGAAAGUCUAUCGGUCCCUUCGCGGCACCCAAGGCCAUUUUCAUGAUUCCCGACCUGCCCAAGACCCGAUCCGGCAAGAUUAUGCGUCGUAUCCUGCGGAAAAUCUUGGCGGGAGAAGAAGAUCAGCUGGGCGAUACAUCAACACUUGCAGACCCGUCGGUCGUGGACAAGAUUAUUGAGAUUGUGCACGAGUCCAAGGGGAAGAAAUAAGCUAAGAUACCUACAACCUGUUAGGUAACCUCGUGGCUUCCAGGUUGUUUCUUCCUGUUGAUGUCCGUCGCCAAGCCAAUUCUAGCUUCCAGCACUACACUUACCUUCCGUAAUGAUCAUGAUGAUGAGAGAUUCCGACCACCAUUUCGAAUUUUGCAGCACCCGAGAGUUCCUUUUUGAGUACAGGUACAUGUACAUGCUGAUUGAACGCGGUCUUCAUCAUCACUUUCGUUCGAAAUAUCGCCACAACCCAUCCCGCGCUGAUAUAGCACUUAUUACGAACCGUGAUUCUACCCAACUUAGUGGUCCCAUGCUCUCAGGCGCGUCUCAUGCUAUUAUACCUAUACGACUGAUCCAGUGGCAGCUGGCCAUGCCUUCCUGCAUCCCAAUGUUGUGGACAACUCGACAACACCACACGCCUGUGAUGAUCCUUCUUCUUCUUCUUCUUCUUCUUCUUCUUCUUCUUCUUCUUCAAAUGGCCCCAACAAAAAACAAGUCGUAAGAUUCGUCAAGACGGAAGAUUGGCUGACCUCGCCAUUCUUUAUGCAAAACCCAUCAAAAUCAAAAUCGUAGAAAGAGGAGCCUGUUUGCGCUGGCAAAUGACAUGCAUGCUCCAUCUCAGGCAUACCGUACACUGUUACUAUUCCUUUGUAUCCCCUGAUACGCCGGCGGAGGAACAGGAGGAGGAGGAGGCAUCCACCCUCCUCGACUGUGUCGCGCCUGAUCGGCCCAGCCCUGAGUGGCAUGUGCAUUUGUGUAUUCUGGCAUAUCAUACUGCAUCUCGGGUCCACCUCGAGAGCCUCCAUUCCAACCUUGCCAGCCAGUAGCAGCUGGAGGUGCCGGAACAGCUUUGUUGCGCUUGCGUUGACCACAGCGGCAAAGGCAGCCUAGAAGGGAGAAAAGUAAGAGACCGCCCACAGCCGACGCGAUGCCGAUGACCAGAGCCUUGUUGUCGUCGAUCCAGGACUUAAUCUGGCCUCCAGUCGUGGAGCCUUUGCACUGGCCUGCUGUUGCACAUCUGCCACCACCGCCGCAGGGUGUGCCAGGAAUAAAGUUCUGCUGCAGGCUAUAACACACCCCUCUCCCAAACUCAGGACUGGCGCAGCUGAUCAGACAGCCCGAGCUAUCGCAUGCAUAUGUAUCAUUGCCUUGUGUGUAGCUGCCCAUCACCGUCUUGCAUUGCUGAUUCCGACUAGUGCAUUGUCCACUAGCGCAUUCCAGGCCAUUGCCACAAUCGGUACCAUCUUCAAGAGUCUGGUCUGCAGGACAGGUGGCAGCGGUACCAGAGCACGUUUCCUGAGGAUCGCAUUGACCGGUCGUGGCACGACACACGGUGCCUGCCGAGGCAAAUUGACACUGACGGCAACAGUCCUCAUUUGAAUCGUCACAAACUGAACCUUGGGUGAAUUUGCAGGUGGUAGGGUUGCAGCAUGGGUCGUCGGUGCAACCAGACUCUCCACCACAGUCGCAAUCUUCGCCUGGCUCGACAAUGCCGUUGCCGCAUUGCUGGCCGGAGAUCGUGGUCACGCCACGAUUAUCAGUCAGGCACCCACCAUUGACCGAGUUGCGCAUCAGGGCACUGCAGAUGUUACCAACGGAACACGGGCUGAACUCAUUGACACUAUCGGAGGUCUGAGGGUUCAUGAUAAAUCUUCCGCCAGCCGGGCAGAUGCUGGCACUGAGAGGGCAACACUGUUGUGAGUUGACGAAAUUGGAGUCGGCACAUGCGUCGCUUGUGCAGUCGUGGACGGCACCGAAGGUAUGGCCAACCUCGUGAGCGAUGACUUUCCUACGAUAGCAGGCCGAAGGUAAGCAAAAACCAUGCAAGUUUCGAUAAUGUGGAAAGGGGUCUUGUGUUUACCAUUCUUCUGCACCCUGUGUUCGAAUGACAACAUUCGCCCCAGUGACAGUCUCCGAUCCUUGGGAAGCUGCCCCGUCACCAGUGAUACUACCGUUGGUCGUGACAGCUGAGGCGACGCACACCUGACCCAACCAGGCAAGGCCUACGGCUGAAGACUGAGAGUUCCGGCAGGUGCUGAGCAAUGUCCAGUAAGCGUUGGAAUCGCGCUGAUUGCCACGCCAUGACGAGAACAUGUUCAGACGUUGCGAAAUGUCCACGCUAUCCGAGCAAGCUUGAUUCCAUUCCGUGGCUGCCACUGGGGUCCCAGGACAAAUUGCAUCCGACACGGUCAGGUUUUGAAGGCCAAGUGAUAUGUUGAAUGCGCUCUCGUAGAGUACGGACGCGGUAUUGAUCUGAUCGAUGACAUUCUCACGAGCGGUUUGAGUGGAAUUGAAGUCAGCAGUGUAACUGCAGUCUGUGGCAACACCAACUAGCGCAACUUUGCGCGUGGUAGGGCACCCGGCACUAUCACCUAUGCUGGCGACCAGGUUGCCACCAGCACUAUUACCACCUGUCGUACCAUCCAAGUCCUGACGCUUGUUGAACAAGUGUGAGAAAUCCAUCCUGCCAUAACGCUCAACCGAACGCUUGGCCUUCAUGGCCAAAUACACAGGGUGGUCCUCCCUGGUGUUGAAGACCAGACUGUCAGCCUCACAGAUUGAGGCGGCCGCAGCAUUCCUGGACUUCAAAUCGCGAUGUGCCUGGCUGUCUGGCAGGAUGUCGGAAUCUCGCCAGAGAACCAUGUACUCGUCCAUCUGAGCCUCGAUGUCGGGAUCGUCCCAAUGCUUGGUGCGCAGGUAUCCACUUGAAGUCUGAAUGUGAUGAUUGUCGCGAUCCACGGAGAAGGCUCCUUGAAAGAUGGGACGUAUUCCAUCUCGAAACACCGACACCCGUGCCCAGCCAGCAUGUCUCCAGUCGUCGGCGUUGUUGCCCAACUUCUGCACCCACGCGGUGCCUCUGAACACUCUAUGCCCUAGCCUGUCCACGGACUCCUGGCGCGAUACCGUUCCGUCUGGCGCCAGGUAUGUGACCAUGGCAUCGUGGGCGAGGAUGUCAUGGUUAGGCUCCAGGCGAAGCCUCACGUGCAACUCGUUGCGAACUUGAAAGGUGAGGUCGAACUCGUGCAGGGCCGUGAGGCGGUGGUUGUGGGUGUGAAUCGUCGCAUUCUGCACUACGGAGAGGGCGCGGAUCGGGUUUCGAGUCGUGCUACUGGCAGCCGCGAGCGGCGUGAGAAUCGCGAUCGCAAUCGUAAUCGUCGAUACCGCGUACGCCAGCAGAGAGAGGCCGAGUGAGGGGGAGGGCGGCAGUGAGCAGCGCAUGGCCGCCGAGGUAUGGGAGCGACGCAGCAGUCACCACAUCCAAGCCACGACACAGCCGCGCGGACAAGAUGAGCCAGGCCAGUGACCGGAAGGUAUUGUGGUCGAAGUCGUAGCCGUGGAAUGCUAGGAAAGAAGGUGCGAACGAGCGACGGGCUACUAGUCAGGUAUGGUAGGUAUGUAUGCAAAAAAGGGAAAGUGAG